GUGUGGCAACAUUGGGCUCAAUAAAACGCUGAUGCGCCGCAUUUGCUUAAUCCGGCGCGUGGUCUUUCCCAAAGUUCUUAAUCCGCUUCGCCGUCUGCGAAAUCCUUUUGUUUUUCUACAUUCUCGCUACUAGAUGCAAUUAUAAAAGGAUUAUGCCAUUUAUGACCUGUCUGACCCAGAGCACACAAAACUCACUUGCAACGCUUUCAUUAUGAUGCAGUUUAAUGAAUUACCUGGAAGUUGUUAAGUGCAAAAGGCAAAACUGACACGAAGAAGUUCUAGAAAUUUCAUGCUAAUGAUGUGACACUUACAAGGCCUAAAUAAAUAUUGGAAGAAGCUCUUCAGGUAUGAUCUUACCAUAUUUGGUAAGCCCAAAGUCGAUCGCUGACCUGACUCCGUGUUGACUCAAGUUUGUUCAUGCUUGAGUUUGUUGCAAGUGGCAGAUGGCGUUAUUUGUGUACAUUAUGGCCGGUAAACCGUAGCGAAUCCGCAACCGAAACGAUUAGCAUCCCAAAGUGGAUUAGGCCGGAUUAAGUCGCGAAAUAUUUUGGCACAAACAACAACAGUUCCCUGACCUGCAGCAGGUACCUGUACAGGUAGCCAACUCUCCCCUCCACCCUCGGACCCACAAUUUGUAUUUAAGCCUGUUGCAGAUUGAGUAACGUCAUCAGUUAACCAACUGCAUUCAUAGCAAGCACACACAAGCACUUUCACUCACUCACACCACAAAAAAAAUGGAGAGCGAUAAGAUGAUUAAGCCCACCGUCUCGUAUCAUUUGUUCUUGUACCGUGAGGAGCUGGCACGACGCAAUGCUCGUCAGCUGCGACUUUCGAGAACAAAGAUUGACAUCACCGAGGAGCUCAUCUCGAGAACUGUGAAGAACAUCAAAACCUGCAGCAUGGAUGAUCUCAAAGCGGUCAACCGUGAGCUCGUGUUCAAGCGCAAGCUGCGCAAUCGAGUGUCCAAGCUACGCAAGGAAGCCAAGCUAGCCAAGCAAUGAACCCAAGGAUGAGGAGGCAGAAGAAGCUUAAACAUACUGACAAGGAAGGCAAAGCAUAAGCCA